GGCGGAUGGCGGGGCCGAGUGAGGGUUGGGGGAGCGGACGCGUGCUCCGGGCAGGGCUCUGAUGCGACUGGGGGGAGGGCAACGUGACUGCGGCUCCGCGCCUUCUUUCCACUGCGCUACUGUAUUAACGCUGUCGGUACUGAGCUACUCGGGGGGAACGGGUGCGGCCUAAAUGCAUUGCUUGUCCCGCCGAAAUCACGCCGGCAGUAGUAGCAGCAGCAGCAGCAGGGAUUUGGAGCAUCUCUUCACCCGGGGAGGCAGUUGUUCUGCAGGGUGGUGCAGAGAUUAGAGCUGAGCUGGUCCAAACAGUGCAGCAUCCCAAGAAGGCGAGCUGGAAGGGACGGGGAGGUUCAGUAUUCUUGCAUAUUUAAACAGAAAAUAGUAUCCUAUUUCAAGGCAAUUUCUCAGUUUAUUUCUGAAUAAUAGCUCUGAAGGCCCCCAAAUCCUGUCAUGUCGUCCAGUGAUCCUUUGAUAUCAGCAGGAAAAUGUGAAAGUGAAGAUGAAGUGAUAUUUGUGAGCGAGCAGCCAUUAAGGCCUGUUUUGGAAUGUAUUGAUCUAUCAAGCGAUGAAGAUAAUGAAGGAAACCUCGCACGGCAUAGCAGGAAACCAAAAGAUCACAUUGAUUGGCAAAAGGCAAGAGUUUUGUCAACAUUGGAUCGCUUGGCACGUCACGUGGAAGUUGAGAAACAGCUGAAAGAAGAGAAAUGCAAAGCUUUUCAAGAAAAGGUAGAUUCGCAGCAUGCUCAUGGCAUGCAGGAGUUGGAAUUCAUUCGGGGACGAACUGCAACUGAAGAAGCAAGAAGGUGCGUUGAUGGGUGGCUGAAAGUACCAGGACCGAAGCCUGGUGUUGUCAGUUUUGGCCGUGGCCCAGUUAAAAGGCGCAUGAAUGCAUCUGUGACUCCUGAUCCCAUUGGCUGCCCAAUAAUGAACUGUAACAGGAAAUUUGAUAAUAGACAUCUACUUUUAGGACACUUGAAAAGGUUUGACCAUUCCCCAUGUGAUCCAACUAUUACACUUCAGGGGUCUCCAUCUACUUCGUAUAUUUGUAUUGCAUGCUGUCACCGAUUUGUAAACCUACAGAAAUAUGAAGAUCAUUUGGCUCUGAAGGUUGAUUCUGCCAAUCCUGAAGGCCAUCGACGUGACCUUGAGCCACAGAUCUGCCAGUGCUUUGCUUGCCCAAGCUGCUAUUUACUAUUUAACUUGAGGGAUGAAUGCUUGCAGCAUAUGGCCAAGGCAAACCACUUCCUUCAGAGGCACAAACUGAGCGGUGAGCAGGGAACACGCAGCCCUCUUCCUUUUCCUAACUAUGCAAAGAAGUUGUUGAUCUCUCUAUGUCAGGAAGUUCCUUUCCAAGUUAAAUGUACAGCUUGUCAACAGAUGCUUCGAACCCACAUAGAGUUGACGGCACAUUUCAGGACGCGAUGCAGAAGGGCCGGCCCUGUCGCUGUGUCUUCGAAAGAUAUUGGGCAAGUUGCUGCCAUAUUCAAAGUGAGGGGACGCUGCCUGGACUGCCACAGGCUGCUUGUGGAUGACAGUCAGAUCAGUCAGCACACUCAGCAAGCCAUGCACAACGUCCACCGGAUAGGCACCAUGGAACAGGCCAUUCUGGAGUUUUGCCACUUCAACGAGAAGAGCAAGUUCCCCUCUGACCUCCGCAUGACACUGGACCAGUCCAAAUCCAGGAAGAACUCUCCCUUCAAAAGGGCUCUGGCCGAGACGUGCCCCGGUACCAGGGAGCUGUCUGCACCCAGCUCCAUGAAGAGGAGCCGGAGGGACUGCAGCAGUGUGCACCCGAAGGAAGAGAAAGUAGAGAGUGGCAGCAGCAGCCUGCGAGUACGCCUGUGGUUUUGUGAAUGUCACCAGCGGUUCGACACCGAGAAAGCUGUGGAGAAGCAUGUCAUGACUGCCAACGGGAUCCGCCACAAGUGCUUGGUCUGUGGCAAACUGGCCCUUGAUGCCGGGAUCAUUGGCCUGCACAUGAGUCGCAGUCAUGGGGGAGCUCAUCUGACCCACUACCACUUCUGGUGCGAGCGGUGCCGGGCGGAAAUGCUCCGAAGGGACGAUCUAAUGGCUCACAUUGUGGAGUGCCACAGCGGUCACGCGUACUACUACGAGAAGGAAGUGGACCAAGACGAGCUUCUGGCUUUCGAGCCCUCCUCGUCCAAAUCGGAGUGGCAGUCGGCUGAUCCAGACAGCGGAGACGGUGAGGGGGUGGCGCCGGACACGGAAACCACCGAGCCGGCCAACUCCGGGCCAAAUGGCUCGUGGCAGUGCAGGUUGUGUGAAGAGAUGUUCGAGUCAGAGCAGAGUGUCGCCCAGCACUGCAGCUGCCUGGCAAACCACCAGUUUCACAAGUACAGCUGCGGGUUUUGCAAGAAGCAUUUCCACAGGGUGGAAACACUGUACCGUCACAGUCGCGAUCAGCACAACGGGGAGCUCAACGUCAAGUAUUUCUGCGGACUGUGUGAUGAUAUAGAGUUUAAUUCCGAAGCUGAAUUUCUUGACCACUACAAAGCCUUCCAUAGCACAGACUAUAUUUUUGUGGAGCAUGGAGAUGUAACUAUGGACAAAGUAGCGGAGAUGGAGGUGACAGACGGCCACUCGCGGUUUUCCUGUGGGUGUCAGCAACACUGCAUCUCCAAAGAAAGGAGGGCAGAGGAUAGUCGGCGGUGCAUGAGAAACCUGUUCAGCCGGGGGAAGCUGUGGAUCAGUUGUUCUUCAUGUUCUGUGACGGCCCAGUCGGAGGAAGACAUCCAGAUUCAUCUGGCCGAGUGCCAUGGGGUAAGAGGGGCUGGGACUGCCGUCAAGUGCAUCUGCGGCAAGUCUUUUAACACUUGUGAAGCUGCCCAGAUGCACUACCACAUUAAGCACUGCACGCUGCAGGAGCCGCAGCCGGCUAGUUCUUCAGCUGAUGCCGACGAGGCCAACGUCCCACACACAGGAGCUCAGCGCAACGAUGCCAGGGAGAUGGCAGCAGACUCUGAUCCCGGGGCCUCGACCAGUCACCAGAGUUCUACCGCGAGCAAAGUUGAAAAGGAAGCCACAAUCCAGGAAGAAGAUAUUGAGUUGCCUGACUUGGACUUGCUUCGCACAAUGACACACCUUGUCUUUAUUGAUUUGGAUAAUUGGGCAGGCUUCUUCAACCAUUUACCAGGACAGCUUAACCAGGGCACAUUUUUCUGGGGCUUUCAAGGUGGAAAGACUCAUUGGAAAGCCCCGGAAAACUGUCGUAUCUACAAUUAUCUUGUCAAUACUGGAUGUUUUUUCCUUCAUCCACGGUGCAGUGCUAGGAAGGAUGCUGCUGACUUUGCCAUCUGCAUGCAUGCUGGGCGGAUGGACGAGCAGUUGCCAAAGCAUAUCCCUUUCACCGUACUGUCUGGAGACAAGGGCUUUGAGGAACUGAAGAACCAGUUGAAGAAGACAAUGCGGCCAGGCCACGUUCUGAACCCUCACCAGAUGGAAGGGGAGCUGAUGUGUGCCUUAUUGAAUAGUAUAUCUGAUAUUGGAAAAGACAGUGAUGAUGAAGAUGAAGCUCUUCAAAAAACGCUGGCACUGAGUUUGCAGGAAACCAAGAUGAAGCAAGAUAUUGCUGAUGAAGAUGCUGAAAUUGAAGAAGCCAUUUUGCAGAGCCUGGAAGAAAGAUAACUGGGGGGGGUCUGGUGGAAGCAAAACCCUCGGUGGAUCAGAUGGGCAAAAAUUUGGAGAUGCCUAAACUCCUCAACAGAAGCAGGAAAAAUGUGGUUGUUCCUUCCAUAGUAGAUCAUCAGUGCUGGGAAGAAAUCAUAAUUCUUGGCUUGUCAAGCAGAGUUUUUCUUUGCUGCAGAUGGAAGUAAGAAAAGAGUCAAAGAACAGGAAACCUACAGAAACGUAUAUAAGCCAUAAUGUGUGUGUUAAACAUGCAGUAGGUUAAAGUGUAUGGUUACCAUGUGUUCUUAAUGAUGGAGCCUGAGAAACUCUGCUGCUUGAAGCCAUUGCUGUUAGAUCAAUCCACUUAUCAUGCGGUUGCAGCAGGUUGCCUACACUGCAACACUCUUUUGGCUUCUUAACAGAUGAGAGAUUCUUUUUCUCAGUUUUGUUUCCUUCAUUGAAAUGUAAGAUUUUAAAAUGUUUGAGUGAUUCAUUUUGUUGAAAACUGCAGUGGUAACAUUCAAAACCAGGAAUGUUCCCCUUUGCCUGUCUGUCUUGCUUUUCUCAAUUUACUAUAGGAGUUAAGAGUAGCCUUUUAUUAAAGUAUAUAUAUAUUUUUCAUAUGCUGUAUAUGUUUAAAACUCUAUCAAUGUGCUGAGAUUAUAUUUGGUUAGUAGACUGGAAAAUAAAAAUUGUCUUUGUUCUCC